UUUGCUGGUGCCUUUUUGCGUGGCCGGCCCCGGGGUUCCGCGCGGCGAAAGGGAGAGAGUGAGUGUGUGCGUGCGCGCGCGGGUGCGCGCAGAGGUGGGGGCCGCGGCGCUGCGCUCACCCCCCUUCGGCCCCCCUCUCCGUUCAGCUCCCCGCACCUCCCUACUGCUCCCUCCUCCUGCCCGCCCUCCCCUGCCCUGCCCGCCCGCCCCCGUCGCAGCUCCUUUAAUAUACUUUGGUUCUCCGCCUGGCUUUGGACUCUUCUCCUCCUCCACCUCCUCCUCCUCCCGCGCCUCCUCUGUGGCUGCCUCCUCCUCCUCUUCGCGCCUUCGCUCGGCUCCGGGCCGCCCGAAGCAGAUCCAGGCGGCGGCGGCUGGAGCAGGAACGCGGCUCCCGGGGCUGAAGUCGCCACCGCCACAGCCGCCUCCGCUCGGAGCCGGGCGGCCGCUGGACUCGCUGCGCGCCGAGCGGGAGUGGGAGCCUAGAAGGCGAGGGUCUCGCCGGGGUCGGCGAGGCGGGCGGGCGCGCUGGCCAUGCUUCUGGACGCGGGGCCGCAGUUCCCGGCCAUCGGGGUGGGCAGCUUCGCGCGCCACCAUCACCACUCGGCUGCAGCGGCGGCGGCUGCCGCCGCCGAAAUGCAAGACCGCGAGCUGAGCCUGGCGGCGGCGCAGAACGGGUUCGUGGACUCGGCAGCCGCACACAUGGGCGCCUUCAAGCUAAACCCCGGCGCCCACGAGCUGUCCCCGGGCCAAAGCUCGGCGUUCACGUCUCAGGGCCCCGGAGCCUACCCGGGCUCCGCUGCAGCUGCCGCCGCCGCCGCGGCACUCGGGCCCCACGCCGCGCACGUCGGCUCCUACUCCGGGCCGCCCUUCAACUCCACCCGGGACUUCCUGUUUCGCAGCCGCGGCUUCGGGGACUCGGCGCCGGGCGGCGGGCAGCACGGGCUGUUCGGGCCAGGAGCAGGCGGCCUGCACCACGCGCACUCGGACGCGCAGGGCCACCUCCUCUUCCCCGGCCUCCCUGAGCAGCACGGGCCGCAUGGUUCACAGAAUGUGCUCAACGGGCAGAUGCGCCUCGGGCUGCCGGGCGAAGUGUUCGGGCGAUCAGACCAGUACCGCCAGGUGGCCAGCCCGCGGACUGACCCCUACUCGGCGGCACAGCUCCACAACCAGUACGGCCCCAUGAAUAUGAACAUGGGUAUGAACAUGGCAGCGGCCGCGGCCCACCACCACCACCACCACCAUCACCCCGGUGCCUUUUUCCGCUACAUGCGGCAGCAGUGCAUCAAGCAGGAGCUCAUCUGCAAGUGGAUCGACCCCGAGCAGCUGAGCAACCCCAAGAAGAGCUGCAACAAAACUUUCAGCACCAUGCACGAGCUGGUGACCCACGUCUCGGUGGAGCACGUCGGCGGCCCGGAGCAGAGCAACCACGUCUGCUUCUGGGAGGAGUGUCCGCGGGAGGGCAAGCCCUUCAAGGCGAAAUACAAACUGGUCAACCACAUCCGCGUGCACACGGGCGAGAAGCCCUUCCCCUGCCCUUUCCCGGGCUGCGGCAAGGUCUUCGCGCGCUCCGAGAACCUCAAGAUCCACAAAAGGACCCACACAGGCGAGAAGCCGUUCCAGUGUGAGUUUGAGGGCUGCGACCGGCGCUUCGCCAACAGCAGUGACAGGAAGAAGCACAUGCACGUCCACACCUCCGAUAAGCCCUAUCUGUGCAAGAUGUGCGACAAGUCCUACACGCACCCCAGCUCUCUGCGGAAGCACAUGAAGGUCCAUGAGUCCUCCCCGCAGGGCUCCGAGUCCUCCCCGGCCGCCAGCUCGGGCUAUGAGUCGUCCACGCCCCCAGGGCUGGUGUCCCCCAGCGCCGAGCCCCAGAGCAGCUCCAACCUCUCCCCCGCGGCGGCUGCGGCUGCUGCAGCGGCGGCGGCGGCGGCGGCGGUGUCCGCGGUGCAUCGGAGCGGAGGCUCCGGCGGCGGCGGCGCAGGCGGCGGCGGCUCUGGCGGCGGCAGCAGCGGGGGCGGCGGCGCGGGCGGUGGGGGCGGCGGCGGCUCUGGCGGGGGCAGCGGGACGGCCGGGGGCCACAGUGGCCUGUCCUCCAACUUCAACGAAUGGUACGUGUGAGGGGCCGAGGGGCCGGGGCCGCUCUCCCUCUCCCCGCCCCGCCCUGGCGCGGCGGCCCGCCACCACCCAGGGCAUCCUGUGCUUGUGAUGUUAAAAUUACGAAUCUGGUUUUUAUGACGACAAAAAAUGAUUUUACCAGCAGGAGGAUUUUUCAAAGUUGUUGUUUGUUGUUGUUGUGUUUUUUUAAAAAAUAAUCUAGGCAUGGAAAAGCAAAAAUAUCCCUAACGGAGUCUCUGAAGCUGAAAAUAUAAAAUAAGGAAUAAAAAAUUAAAAACAUAAAUAAAAACCCAUAAAAAUAUCGAACCAAACCCCCUCUCCUUCCCUCACGCCCGCUUGCCUUCUCACCGCACUCCCAGUCUCUGGCAAACUGUACAUAGCGGACUCCUUCCUUCUCCGAGGUGGUUUUAAUGGCUUCUUGGUGUAUAGAAGUUUGUCCAUUUGUAAUGCUCCGGAUUGCGUUCCUCCCUGCCUCUUCCUCCCUUCCCCAGCGUGAUGGGCUUUUUCUUUUCUCUUUUUAGUUUACUCGGUUUCUUUUUAAGUAACGUGGAAGAAAAUGGUUUCUUUUGUAUUGUGGUAUUGAAUAUUGUGUUCCUUUCAUGAGGCAACUUGAUUGUAAACUUCAUGCAACUAUAGACUGGAAAAAAACGAGCCGUGCCAAAGUCUCCCUUUUUGUCUCUUCAGCAUACUGAUCCACACAGCGCACACAUACACACCACCACCACCAUCACCAACGCUUGUGAAUGUAUUUUUCUGUUAGCUGGGUUUACCUGUGAUGUUUUAGUGCUUUUGCGAGUUCAAUUUGUUAGUUCCUGUAUGAAAGAUUGUGGGGGCGGGGGGGAAAUAAACGUCGUGCCGUUAGCUUUUUCCUUAAUAACACCCUUCCUUCUGUAAAUACCCGUUACCAUAUUUAUCCAUUUGUAAUUAAAUUAUGGUAUUAACUUGCUACAGAGGAAACAAUAUUUAUAAAGAAUGUUUCUUAACUAUAAAUAUGUACAAUUGUGGGCAUAAACUGUUUCAGAUUUUUUAUUUGAAGGUUUUAAGUGGUUUGAUCCUUUCUUGUGAUAUGUUUUGAAAGUCAUGCAUACAGAAAUAUAAUAAAACGUGUUGAAACUGCA